CAAUAUGGAAAAGGAGAGAAGAUCCUCAAAGCAGUACGGCUCUUUGGAGAAGACGCAGGUGGAGGGAGCAACGCAGAAAUCAACAGAGGAUGUUGUUUCCAUGGCGGACUCCACGAUUACGAUUGAGGACAUCGAAGGAGAGCUGAGUAAAAUUGAGCGGAUAAGAGACAUUUUGGUACGGAGGGAAUCGGAGCUGAGAUACAUGAUGGACGACAUUCAGCUUUGCAAAGAAAUCACGACGCUGAAGACAGAGCUGCAGAAACUUGUCUCAAUUCCAGAAAAUGACAAAUCCAAUGGAGACAGAAAGCGGGAAGAGGAGCUUCUGCAGCAGAUCAACAAGCUGGUGGAGACCAGAGACUUCCUGGUGGACGAUGUGGAGUUUGAAAGGCUGAGGGAAAGAGAAGAGGACAGAGAAAUGGCAGCCUUCCUACAGUCCAAAUUUCCCAAGACAUUGGCUUUAAAAGGUGUUUUGCCAGAUCAGAAGGUGGCGUCCAAAUCGCAGCAGACAUCGCUGCCAUUUUUCAAUAAAACUCGAGUUACACAGCUGAAGGACUGCUGCGGCUUCACCUGCUCCAUCAUGUAACACUGCGUGUUCAAG